UCUAUAAGAAGAAGUGUUUCCGUGAAAACAAAAAACCGCUCGCUGUUAUUUCUUGGUUUCUCGUUUGACGCGUAAAAUUGCUGAGGAAAGCUAAAUAAUUUCUGUGUUUAAACAAUGCCCGUUUGUUCCGCUUAUAAGUGCAAGAAACGCUCAGAUAGAGAGUUUAAAGAGGCAUACAACAGGGGCGAGUUUUCUUUUCACAAAUUUCCAUUAGCUGAUGGCUUGAGAGUGAGAGAGUGGCUUCGACGGAUGAGAUGGCAGAACUGGUGGCCUACUGGAAACUCGGUCCUGUGCUCGGAUCAUUUUGAGAAGGACUGCUUUGAACAAAUGGGAAGUCACAAGCGGUUGAAGAGCAGCGCUGUCCCAACUAUCUUUAACUUUCCUAAACAUCUCCAGUCGAAGGGGCCAGUUGUCAAGAGACGAUCUCUGAAUCGUAAGCCAGUAGAAGUCCCAAUCAAACCAAAACCAACACCAGUGCAAAAGCCAGUAUUACCACGUCUUGAAGGGAAGUAUGUUCAUGUGACUCAGCUGGAUUCUGAUGGGUCGAGCCGUGGCCCCUUUCAUGCUGGAAGCUUUCAUGAUGAUUACUGCAAACCACAAAGCUUUCAUUGGAUGAAGCUGGCAGAGGGUGAUGAUGAGGAUGAUGACACCAGUGAUCCCGGAAAUGAUGUCGCCAGUGAUGAUAAUGAACCUCUUGACACACCUGAAAAUACCAAUACUCCGUUUAUCAGGGUGACCAAGAGAUGGCAGUGGCUGAGUAUAGAUGUUACAGGGCCAUUUCAUGAAAGCAAAGGCCCCUACAGCCACAUAGUCAUCAUCUGUGACUAUUACACCAAAUGGAUUGAAAUCUUCCCAUCAGAAAAGCCUAAUUCUGAUUCCAUUGCUCUGCUCAUGUGUGAUGCCAUUUCCCGAUAUGGUUUUCCUUUGGGAUUUCUCACACCGUGGGGAGCCAGAGGGAUUCAGGUCAGAACAGUUAACAGAGCACUCAGUAAUAUUCUGAAGAUAAAGGACAUUUCCCUCGUCUCUCGGCAUCACCAGGCUUCACAGAUUGAGCCUUACACACAAUACCACAUUUUCAAUAUGGUGGAAAAUCUAGUGAAGAAGUAUCCAGAAAGUUGGCAUGCUUUUUUACCUGUCAGUGUGUUGCGCUUCAACUGCAGUGUGCACCCAAAGACCAAACAGAGACCUCUAUCCCUUCAUCACUGUGAGGGAAUUAAACCUUCUUCAUCACCCAGAGAUCAGCCGCUCAAUGAAGAUGACCUUGCAAAGUACACUUUUAAAAUUGAGAAACCAAACCCUUUAAAAGAACUCCAGGCACUAAAAAGAUUAUUCCGAGAAUCAGCGGACUGCAUUGUUGUAUCGUAAAGCUGAAAAACUGUGUGCUGGAGGACUACAGGUCUGUGUAUGACUUUAAACUGAAGGGACAAAUGAGGAACAAGUUCAGGACAGAACACAAACUCAAUAGGAUGGACAACAGUGACCAGUUAACAUCCACAGAGACCCAGACUGAGGUGUUAUUGAUAAGUGAUUUUCAUAUUGAAAUGUUAUGGUGCAUGGUGAAUAGAUACCAUGUACGAGAGUAGGCGGCUACAGUCUGGGAAGGAGUGAAAUAAGAGCUGUCAAGUCGGACAGUUCUCAGUUUUCGCACUGGAUCAGGCACCUUCGAGAUCAAAGGCAGAUAUCGCAGGAUUCACGUUCAUACGCUGUUGCUGAUUAAGUGGAUAUAAUUUAAAUUCUGUUGCUAUAUAAUAUAUGUGAUGAAAAAGACACUCAAUGUACCUGUUAUUUAAUUUUGCCAAUAAAACAUUAAAAAAAAAUUU